CACCACAAUCUCCAUCCUGCAUCCCCAAACAUGGCCGAAUACUGGAAGUCAACGCCCAAAUACUGGUGCAAAUUCUGCUCCGUCUACGUCCGAGACACCAAAUUCGAGCGCGCGAAUCAUGAAGCUACCGGUCGCCACCAGGGCAACAUCCAACGCUCCCUGAGGGGUAUACAUCGGGAGCAAGAAGCGGAGCAGCGGAAGAAACAGCAGGCGAAGGAUGAGGUUGCGAGGUUGAAUGGGAUUGUGUCCGGCGCAUCUGGGGCGAGUGCUGCGGGUUCGUCGACUGCGAAGGCAAAUGAUGCGCGGGCAGGGGGGAAACCAACGUUUUCGAGGACGGGUGAGAGGCAAGCUACGCUGGAGGAUCGGAAACGGCAGGCUGCGCAGUUGGCGGCUAUGGGGAUUGCGGUGCCGGAUCAGGUGCGAGGGGAGUUGGCGCUGGCGGGGGAGUGGCAGGUUGUCAGUCAGAGGGUUGUAGACGAGGAUGGGGAGGAGGUGAAGUCGGGGUUGAGUACUGGGGUGCGGAAGAGGAAGAUUGAUGAGGAGGAGCAGGAGCAUCUUGCCGCGGCGGAGACGAUCACAAGGAAGAAGGGAUGGGGAAAUACGUUUAAGAGGUUGCCGGGGAAGAGUGGGGAAGAGGAUAUUGAGGCGCUGUUUGGAGGGAAUAAGGAGGACGUUAAGAAGGAGGAGGGUGGGGAUGAGGGGAUCAAGAAGGAGGGGGAGAUUAAGGAAGAAGAGGGGGUGAAGACUGAGGAGACGCACAGUGGGCUGCAGGAUAUACCGACUGAAGAGGAGGCUGCGCAACGGACGAGAGAGGCGGCUGCUGAACCUGCUGCUCCUGCAGUGGUUUUCAAGAAACGGAAGAAGAUCGCGAAAUGAAAACGAUUUACGGGGUCAACAUCACGAAUCAUUCACACCAUAAACCUUGGAAAGGUUCACGGCGGCGAGCCACACGCCUCAUCCACUUGAUUACGAGUAGGGCAGAGAUAUCGGUCGGCUUUGAAGGCGAGGAUUUGAGGGCAACGAGAAUUCACCCUGAGAGCUUGGAGGAUGCCAGCUGGGUUGGUUGAACCAGCUUGCCUAUGCACCAGCGUAGGACAUGAACCGUCGGGUGGCAAUCUUCAGGCGCAAACCUUGUGACUGCUAUACUCAAGAAUAAAUGCAUCAUUCAUACCAUUAGCCCUAACCGGCUGGUAUGACCUUUC